GGAUCUGGAACCGUUUUCAAACUGCGUUCAGUGUGUCUGAAGGUAUGAAGACAUUCUCCUAGUGCGAGCGUCAUGGCCGAUAAGAGGAAACUGCAAGGUGAAAUAGAUAGAUGUCUCAAGAAAGUCACAGAAGGUGUUGAACAGUUUGAAGAUAUUUGGCAGAAGGUAAGAAACCUGGCAAGGCUUGCCCAGAAAGAAAAGUAUGAGGCUGAUCUCAAAAAGGAAAUUAAAAAACUACAGAGAUUACGGGACCAAAUUAAGACGUGGGUGGCAUCCAAUGAGAUAAAAGACAAGAGGCAGCUAGUGGAGAAUCGAAAGUUGAUAGAAACGCAAAUGGAGCGUUUCAAGGUAGUGGAGCGGGAGACGAAGACCAAGGCCUAUUCCAAGGAGGGGCUGGGCUUGGCUCUGAAGGUGGACCCAGCACAGAAAGAGAAGGAGGAAGUGGGGCAGUGGCUCACUAACACGAUAGACACGCUCAACAUGCAGGUGGACCAGUUUGAGAGCGAAGUGGAGUCCCUGUCUGUGCAGACGAGGAAAAAGAAAGGAGACAAAGACGAGCGCAUCGAGGAGCUGAAGGGGUUCAUUGAGAAGCACCGGCACCACAUCUGCAUGCUGGAGACGAUCCUGCGCAUGCUGGACAACGACUCCAUCCAGGUUGACUCCAUCCGCAAGAUCAAGGACGAUGUGGAAUACUACGUGGACUCCUCGCAGGAUCCCGACUUCGAGGAGAACGAGUUCCUGUACGAUGACAUCGACCUGGAAGACAUUCCUCUGCCCCUGGUGGCUACCUCUCCUCCGGGCGUCUCUCACAUGGAGGAUGAAAUAUUCAACCAGUCGAGCAGCACGCCUACUUCUACAACUUCCAGCUCUCCCAUUCCUCCCAGUCCAGCCAACUGCACCACGGAGAACUCUGAAGACGAUAAGAAGCGAGGGCGUUCGACGGACAGCGAAAUCAGUCAGUCCCCAGUAAAGAACGGCAGCACCAGCAGCAGUACCAGUAUCCCCAGUUGUGGCUCCAGCGCUGGCGCUGUCAUCACAGCAGGGGGAGGAGGAAACGGCAGCAACAGCAGUAGCGCCCUGUUUCCUGUAGGGGGCACCGGGAGCAGCAGCAGCAGCAGCAGCCUGCUGGGAAACAUCAUCACCUCGAGCUCCCUGUCCCACACUUUCAGCACCCAGAACCCCAAAACAGCAAGCCCCACCACAGCCUCCUCCUCCUCCUCCUCCUCCUCCUCCUCCUCCUCCCCCUCCCACUCCCUCAACAGCCCCUCGUCCCUCAUGAUGCUCUCAAACUCGGCAGCAGGGGGCGCCAACACCAACAGCAUUUCAACCGCCAUGGCCAGCCUGGGUGGUGUCGGCAGCGGUAUCAUGAGGUCUCACGGCAGCCUCAUGUCCUCCAACAUGCAGCCGGGCAUAAUCGGGAAUAGCGGGGGCAACGGAGGCUCGGGUCUGGGUCUGGGGUUGGGUUUAGGGCUGGGGAAGUCCGUCUCGGGCUCCAGUCUGGCUCAGCUGGCUGGCCUGGGUCUCGGUAACAUCACGGGGAUGGGCGGGUUGAGCUCCAUGGGUUUGGGGGGCCUGGCCAACCCCCCCACACCCUACGCCCAGGCUGCCGCCUCGGGGAACGUCGGCUUGAUCGGCAGGAGCUCCAAUUCCAACAGUAAUACCAUGAUGGGGGCGCCCUCGGGGGGGCAUGGGCCUGUUGGCAGCGCCCCCGGAGGCGGGAGCAGUAACGGAGGGUCUGGGAGCAGCAGCAGCAGCAGCAGCUCGGCCCCCGGGGAUGCUGCUGGAGAGAGGGAGAGGAGCGCCAGCAGCAACAGCACAGGCAGCUUCAGCGGGAUUCCCGGGAGGCCACCUAGUGGGCAGAAACAGAAUGGCGCCACAAGUUACAGUGCGGUGGUGGCUGACAGCAGCCAGGACUCUGCCCUCAGUAGCACAAGCCAAUCACAGAGCAGCCAGCCUGGCUCACACAGCACUCCAGCCAGUGCAGUGAAGGAAAGUGUCGGUGGUUCCCAGUUAUCCAGUGUGACUGGUUCCAGUUCAAACUCCAGUUUACUGGUCCAGAUGCCCAUCAACCCUCCCAGCUCGCCCAGCCCCAGUUUCAGCGAGACCAAACCGAGCCAGAACCUGCUGAACGGACCUCUGAACUACUCACAGCCAGAGAUCAAGCCUCCAGAACCACUGACCUCUCUGAAAUCAGUGGCUGAACAAGCAGCUCUGGGGUCAGGACUGGAAGAGCAGAUCCCUUCACUGCGCCUCACAGACCGAGACCUGUUCUCCAGCUCCACAGCGCCCCCCGGUGGCCCGGCUGUGCCCCCGCAGACCCAGCUCUCGGAGGUGAACAUCCCUCCCUCGCUGGGGGUGUGUCCGCUGGGGCCAGUGCCCCUCUCCAAAGAACAGCUGUACCAGCAAGCCAUGCAGGAGUCUGCCUGGAUGCACAUGCCUCACCCCUCAGACUCUGAGAGGAUACGGCAGUACCUGAUGAGGAACCCCUGCCCGACCCCGCCUUACCAUCACCAGGUGCCUCCUCCACACUCGGACUCUGUGGAGUUCUACCAGCGCCUGUCCACAGAGACCCUGUUCUUUAUCUUCUACUACCUGGAGGGUACGAAGGCUCAGUAUCUAGCAGCUAAAGCCCUGAAGAAGCAGUCCUGGAGGUUCCACACCAAGUACAUGAUGUGGUUUCAGAGACACGAAGAACCCAAAACCAUCACUGAUGAGUUUGAGCAGGGGACGUACAUUUACUUCGAUUAUGAGAAGUGGGGGCAGCGCAAGAAGGAGGGGUUCACCUUCGAAUACCGGUACCUGGAAGACAGGGAUUUACAAUGACUGAGCCGCGGAAAUCCAGGGAAAAACCAGGAGACACACAGGAAUAUUGCAAUGGGAAAAUGAGCAAGAAGGGUGGGGCUGGUUGUGUGUGUGGGGUGGGGUGGGGGUGGAGAGCAUUCAGAGAAAUAACUGCUCAGCUACUGAGAACUUCAGAGUCCGUUUGAGCUGGGAGAACACGCCCGCCUGUCCUGCCUGCCUGGCUGUCUGCCUGCAGGGGAUCACCGAGAGACGAACCAGGAGGAUUCAGGGAAGAGAAAGCUCAGUCCUUGGUUUGUGUAAGGGAGGGGAAAAAAGUCAAGAAUAUUACCAUAGGGUUUUGUGUGGUUGUAUUAUGCUCUUCAGCAGAAAGUCUUUUUUCCUGUAGUUUUUUGGUAAUGCUUCACUACUUUUUGAUGUAGUUCUUUUUGUAUAUCGUCGCUGAUUUUUUUUUUUUUUUUUUUUUAAAACAUGAACCUUAGACCGCCUUACCUAACGUUAGACAGUCCAAGAUUGGUGCUAAUCGUACUGCUGUUGGUGACCUGACAUAGACAGCAUUCCACCAUCCGCUCAGCAAACACGAGAAAACCGAUUCUUGCAAUCUCUCUGCGUUUACCAGAUCAAGGCGUCCGCAGAAUGGCUUCUUUUUCAAUUCCAAACGCAGCUAAAAUCACUCCUUUUUGUAAAAAAGCCCUUUUCAGCUCGGCCGAAGGGCACCUCAACAGCUCCAAGGAGUUUAAUACAGGUGGAAGUGAUCUAAAGACACAAGCUGUCUGAUGCGUGAAGUUUGUUUGCUGUAAUUAAGUCCUACCUGUUACUGUCAUUUUGUAGUACAAUGAAAGAAACGUGUUCUCCAUGCAGACAAUGUAAAAAUCUACAUUCUCUUCGUACAAUACCAGCCAUCCCUUUAAAUAUUGUUUAAAUAUCCACCCUACUUCAUCAAGACCUUUAAACAUGAGUUUACACACCUGUUACUCCAAUUAGAACCAAGUAGGAGAAUUAUGAAAGAUAGGGUCCUAAUCAAAAAUGAAACUCAAGUUUAAAACGUUUUAGAGGCGAAGUCCAGCUUCAUAUACACGUUUUAGUGUCUUAUUGCGCUGGAGAGUGCAGUCUGGGCUGUCCGCUCACCAUGCCAGCGAUGCCUCUUCUUGUAACAGACCUCCGAGUUCAUAGUCAGAAAGCUGAUGUGGCAGACCUGUUAAACUGUGAUUGUGCUUUCAAACUGAGCUGCAGGAGAAGAUGUAUUUUUUUUUGACAAACCUCGACAGCUAUUGGUAGGUUUCUCUUCAUUUAAUAAUUAAAGGUUGUGAACUGUUGGUUUCUCUAACAGCAUUCUGAAUGUUGCAUUAAUUCCUCAAAACAAACUUUGGCAGUAUAGGGUUGUUCCUUUUUUUAUUUUUUGUUGGGGCAAGGUUUCAGGAACCCUUAUUUGUCUGCGAGUAAAGGGAAAUGGCUUGUGAGCUGUGGAAGAAAGUCUUCUGAAGUGAUCUGUUUAUUCCCUUAAAUCCUAUGUGCAACACUACAGAAAACUGCUGUACAGACAAAGCUGGGUCAAAAAUCACAGCUUUUGGGGAAGAGCAUAAACCCGUAGAAUAUUGACGUGAAUAUUCUGACUUUUUUGUAAAUAAUUCCCCACCCUCUCUCAACGGACUGUGGAUCAGAAGUGAGAAAAAUGAGGGCUAAGAUGAAAAACCACAUAAAAUGAAUAAAUGCAAAAAAUAACUCAAAGUGAACGGCUGUGUCAUAAUAAAGAGUUAAUUUUCAAAGA